AUGGUAUGCAAAGAUGUGCACGGGAGACAAUACUUCUAUUUGUUGUAUCUCGUUCUGGUCUCAGGUGGCGACCGGCGAACAUUGACUCCCUCUGGCUGUGUGUUGGAAAACAACCGUAUCUGGGACUUCUCCCGUGCCGCUGCCGUGGGUUCCCACGGAAUCGCUCUGGGUGGUGUGGGAACCCACGUCCAGUACAACGAGGUUACUGGGGGGCGGUAUACCGGUGUGUGGUGGGGGGGAAAUGAUCAUGUAAUACGUCGUAACCACUUACAUCACCUGUGCACGGGAUCUAGCGAUUGUGGAGGAAUUCACGCAGAUAGAGAUUGGACUUUCAGAGGUAACGUGAUACAGCAGAACCACAUCCACCACGUGUUGCGGUUUUACCCUGGUGCCCAGGUCCGGGGUGUUAUGCUGGAUGACCAGUACUCCAGUGUUCUCAUCGAGGGCAAUGUGUUUCACGAUAACGAGAUUCAUUUCAACAUUGGUGGCGGACGAGACAACAUAGCGCGAUAUAACGUCUUCUACAACGCUCACUCCGCCUCAGUGGGUAUGGACGGUAGAGGGAUUAAUGGCGGUAGUAACGACAAGCAGCUGCACGAUCGUCUCAAGACGGUUCCGUACACGACUGGCAUUUGGGCGCAGAAAUACCCGGAGUUAGCUCGGAUUGACCACGAGGCUCCAGGGGAACCCAGAGGAAAUCAGAUCUACAAGAACGUUCUUUACCACGGACUGGCGUCACACAACUUCAACUAUCACGGAUCUUCCCUUCAGAAGUCCGAGUUUUUCAACAUUCAUGAUAACUUUGUGGACACUCAUACAUCCGAUUUUAACGACCGAGGGACAGGUGAUUACAGAGUGAUUUGCAAAGCAGGAACCUGGGCUGUUCAGCAGCACUUUCCUCAACCCCCAACAGAGGCAGAAGUUGGUCCUCAUCUUCCCUAUGGACCCAAAUUCAAACAUGGAACGGUCCACACCAAGUCCAAUGGCGCACUAAAACACUGCUGAUCAAGGCCAGGACAACACCAGAAAUCGCCCGCAUUUAAAAUUGUACGAACCAAAAGUAAUGCUUUUCCCUUUGAAAUAAAAUUAGGCUG